GUUGCUUCCAGUAAAGAAGAGUGUGCUGGAGCGGAGCACACAGCUAAGUUAGCCACUUUGUGUGUGAAAUUGUGGAUAUCAGGUGUUUUCUAGGUUUUGGACUGCUUCGCCAACCAGAGGGCUCUAAUCUGGCCGUAUUGUACCGACUCUGCGGGCUCUGGAAUCUUCUUCACAUGCUUAGAAAUGGCAGAAAAUCCAGAAGUGAAUGAGACAAAGCAUGAGAGCUCAUCCAGCGGGACGACGGACCAAGAGAAGGAGACGGCAGCCAGCGCAUACCAGGCUUUUUCUGCUGGGAGGUACGAUGAGUCUCUGAAGCAUCUCGACACCCUGCAAGAACUCAACAAGGAGGACUACAAGAUCGCUCUGAACAAAGCUGUAGUAGACUUCUAUAAGAGUGGUCAGAGCACCACGGGGACACUGAAGCAGACUCUGAUGGUGCUGAAGAACCGGCUCCACACAUCAGCAGAGGAUGCUGACGGGCUGGACGAUGUGGAGAACAACCUGCUGUACUACAAUCAGGCCAUCAUCCACUACCACACCAGGCAGUACUCUGAGGCCAUCUCCAUCGGAGAGAAGCUCUACCAGUUCCUGGAGCCGUUCGAAGAGAAGUUUGCUCAGGCCGUGUGCUUCCUGCUGGUGGACCUCUACCUGCUCACCUUCCAGCCUGAGAAAGCUCUGCACCUGCUGGCUGUGCUGGACAAGCUCUCCGUACAAGGAGGCAACAAGAACGGCAAAGCAGAGAGCAACAGUUCAAACAAAGAUGCAUCCAAUCAGAGGGCAGAGUUUGCAGCCAUGAUUGAAGCAGCUAAAUCUAAAAUGCACCAGUACAAAGUAAGAGCCUACAUCCAGAUGAAGUCCUCCAAGGCGUGUAAGAGAGAGAUCAAGUCUGUGAUGAACACGGCGGGGAACUCUGCACCAUCACUCUUCCUUAAGAGUAACUUUGAGUACCUGAGAGGAAACUACCGGAAGGCCGUGAAGCUGCUGAACAGCACCAACAUCGCAGAACAUCCUGGACCCAUCAGGACAGGUGAAUGUGUCCGAUGUAUGUUCUGGAACAAUCUGGGCUGCAUCCACUUCGCCAUGGGGAAACACAACCUCGGCAUUUUCUACUUCAAGAAGGCUCUGCAGGAGAACGACCACACGUGUGCACAGCUGGGCGACGGCGGCAACGGCCAGACUAAGAAGUUCGCAGGGAUCCCCAUGUGUGCGUUACUGGCCAACAAGCGCUACGAGCUGCUGUACAACUGCGGCAUCCAGCUGCUGCACAUCGGCCGGCCUCUGGCAGCGUUUGAGUGUCUGAUGGAGGCUGUGCAGGUUUACCACUCCAACCCACGGCUGUGGCUGCGGCUCGCAGAGUGCUGCAUCUCUGCCAACAAGGGCGGCUCAGAGCAGGAAAGCAAAGGUUUACCCUGUAAAAAAGGCAUCGUUCAGUCUGUCAUCGGGCAGGGCUACCAUCGGAAGAUCGUCCUGGCCUCUCAGUCUGCACAGAACACCAACUACAGUGAGGGCCAGUCGGCUGCCAUCCCAGUAGCCAGCAUGGAGUUUGCAGCCAUCUGCCUGAGGAACGCUCUGCUGCUGCUGCCGGACCACCAGCAGCAGGACGCCAAGAUGGAGAACGGAUCCAAGAGCUCCAGCCAGUCGGGAAGCACGGAGAGUGGCAGCGAGAACAGUGACGCCUGCAGUGGAAAAGGUCCAGAAGCUGAUAAGUUCCUGCCUGCUGCUCCGUCAUCUCCGCUCAGGAAGCAGGAGGUGGAAAACCUCAGGUGCUCCAUCUUGGCCUGCAGUGCAUAUGUGGCACUGGCGCUGGGAGACAAUCUGAUGGCUCUGAACCACGCUGAGAAGCUGCUUCAGCAGACCAAGGUGUCUGGAUCCUUGAAGUUCCUGGGUCACCUGUAUGCUGCUGAAGCCCUCAUCUCAUUGGACAGGAUCUCUGAUGCAAUCACUCACCUGAACCCGGAGAAUGUCAGUGACGUGUCGGUGGGAGUCCUGAGCAGUGAACCAGACCAGGGACCCGAUAAAGGAGACGAGCCCGUCGAGCCCUCAGGGAAGAAGACGCCUCUGUGUUACCCUAGCAGUGUGGCUUCAGCCCGGGCCAUGAUGCUCUUCAACCUGGGCAGUGCCUACUGCUUACGGAGCGAGUACGACAAGGCCCGCAAGUGUUUGCACCAGGCUGCGUCCAUGGUCAACACUAAAGAGAUUCCACCUGAAGCCAUCCUGCUGGGAGUUUAUCUGGAACUGCAAAAUGGUAACACCCAGCUGGCUCUGCAGAUCAUCAAACGAAACCAGCUGACGCCCACAGCUCUCCACAGGGUCUCCCCAGACUCCAGGAAGAAACCCACCCAGUCUUUCCAGCCUGUCCAGCCCAUCCAGCUUCCCUCAUCCUUCACACAGGUUCAGCGUAAAUGAGUCUCAAACCAGCCCCCCCCACAUACACCUGGCAGACCUGAGGACCCCCACCCCCUUCAUUAGAAACUGUGUGAACUGCAGCUGUGGUUUCAGGUUUGCUGGGAUCCUCUGACUGAGACUGGCUGGAUUUUAUUUUAAAUUUCACUCAUGAACUUGUGUUUUCUGAAGGAUGAAAAUAAAUUUUAUUUACUGUAUGAAAUGCAGAA